AUGGACAGUAUAAUGGGACAACCGCAGGAAAAUGAAGACGUUUCUUGCGGAAAGGCAAAUGCCCGGAUGGCGAUGGCGCGUUGUAUCUCUCUCUCUCUCUUUAUCCGCUCUCCCUCUAACCUACUUUGUCUUCCUUCUAUCUUCUUCUACCACACGUCACUCCCCUUUUAUGCUUUUACUUCCCUCUUUGUCCCGCUCUCAAGUUCUCCUGCACCUCUCCCUUUCUACCCUAACUCUUUCUCCCCUUCCUUACAACACCUUUUUAUUAACUCUUUCUUCUUUUUUUCUUUCUUUCGUUUUUUCCUCUUCUUUUUUUUCUUUCUGUCUUUCUUUUUCCUCUUCUUUCUUUUUCUUUCUUUUUCUUUCAUUAUUCUUCCUAUUCUUUUUCUUUCUCCCUUUCUCCUUUUUUCUUCCUCUUUCUUUCUUCUUUUUCUUUUUUCUUUUCUUCUUUUUUCUUUCUUUCUUUAUUCAUUCUCUUCUUUUUCUUUCUGCUUUUCUUUUUCCUUUUUUCAUUCUUUCUUUCUUCUAUUUCUUUAUUCCUAUCUCCUUCCUCUUCUGUUUCUUUCAGCCUUUCUUUUUCACCUUCUUUUUUCUUUCUUCUUUUUUCUUCCUCUUCUGUCUUUCUUUUUCUUUCUAUUUUUUCCUCUUCUUUCUUUCUUCCUUUCUUUCUUCAUUCUUCCUCUUCUUUUAUAUCUGCCUUUCUUUUUUCUUUUCUUUCUUUCUUUCUUUCUUCUUUUUUCCUUACCCUGUCCUCUUCAUUUUUAUCUGCCUUUCUUUUUCCUCGUUUUUCUUUUUCCCUCUUUUUUCCUUGCCCCGUCCUCUUCUUUUUCUUUGUGCCUGUCUUUCUCCUCUUUCUUGCUUUCUUCCUUUCUUUUUCUUUCUUUCUUUUUCCUCGUCUUUCUUUCUUUCUUUCUUUCUUUUUAUUCCUUCUUUAUUUUCUUCUGCUUCACCAAUCUCUCGCUAAAUUAUUAUCUUAAUUUUUCUUAUCUAUCAUUCUGUCAUUACAUUCCGUACUUUUUUUUCUUUUCUUCUCCUUUUCGCAGCAAGACUUUUCCUCGGAUUUUUCUUUAUGCCGUUUUAUUUCUUUCAUUAAUUUUCUGGCGUAUUUUCUCUCAAUUUACCCAGCUUUGCUUUUUACAUUACAAACGGAUUAUCCUUCUUGCUCUACUUAAUCCGCCAUUAUGUUUAUUUGCAUGGACAUAA